AUGGAACCCGUCGGCAUAAUUCUUCUCGUUCUUUUCUUAUUCGUUCUGAUAAUCGGUCCUAUAACAUGCGUCAAGUUGGGAUCUCGCAAUGAAAGGGAAAAGGUUUACAAUCCGCAACCCGAUCAGUUGGAUCGCGCGCGCCGGAAGCUUAGCACCGUGACAACCUGCUCAUCGGCCGCUCAGCGAUCUAAUCCGUCUGAAGAUGCCGAUAUUGAAGCCGUGCCUUCGGCGUCCGAGCUCGGCGAAUGCCCUAUUUGCAUCGGUCCCUUGGUCGGUCCCUUGAUGCCGGAACCCGCAUAUACCGUUGGAGGUGAUCCGCCCCCGAAUCUUGGUCAUGCUUCAACGGUGGCUUCCAGGACCCAGUCACGGAGUGAGGGAGAGGAUACGACCGCGCAGUCUAACACCAACUUGGAAAUGGAAGACGAUGACAUCUUGACAUUAAACACCUGCGGCCACUCAUUCCAUUCCAAGUGUCUCUCAUCAUGGUUCUUGAUCGAGCGGCACGACUGCCCUGUGUGUAGGACGGCCUAUUACAAAGGAGGUCCACGACGCGAGCGAACCUUGACAGUGCCGCCAUUCUUUUGA